GCCAGCUAUCGAUAGAUUUUUCAGCUAGUCCACGUCUUCUACCUGCAGACUUAUUUGUUAAAUCAAAAUCUUUUAUCUGUAUAAAACAUGACUAGCUAAUGUACACUAAAUAAUAUAUCUGCAGACAAGCAUUUCCAUUACCGAUAAGUUCAAAGAUCAAGCGCUCUGAUGUGGAUCACGGGCCAGUUUGUUUUCCUUUUGCUAGUCGCACUUGUUGCCGCUAAAACGAAAACGUCGGCGGUGCAGGAGGACAUCACGGAGUACAAGGACUUUAAGAAGCUGCUGCGGACCAAGAACAAUGUCCUGGCACUUUACGUGACCAAUGCUAAGGCCGCUGCCAGUGAAUUGAAGGUUUUCAGAGAGGCGGCGGAGGCGAUACGGGGAACGGGAACGAUGUUGCUCAUGGAUUGCGGGCAUCAUGAUCGUAAGAAACUGUGCAAGAAGCUUAAAGUCUCACCGGAUCCUUACGCCAUCAAGCACUAUAAGGAUGGAGACUUUCACAAGGACUACGACCGGCAGCUUAGCGUAGGCUCCAUGGUAACUUUUAUGCGGGAUCCUUCCGGGGAUCUCCCUUGGGAGGAGGAUCCCGCCGGGGUGGAUGUUCUGCACUUCAGCGACGCAUCAUCCUUCACAAAACACCUACGCAAAGAUAUCCGGCCCAUGCUCGUUAUGUUCCAUGUGCCCUGGUGCGGUUUCUGCAAGAAAAUGAAGCCGGACUACGGCAAUGCGGCCACGGAGCUUAAGACCAAGGGUGGUUAUAUCCUGGCGGCAAUGAAUGUUGAGCGGCAGGAAAAUGCUCCAAUACGUAAAAUGUUCAAUAUAACUGGUUUUCCCACCAUGAUCUACUUUGAAAAUGGCAAACUUCGAUUUACUUAUGAGGGUGAAAACAAUAAGGAUGCGUUGGUAUCUUUUAUGCUCAACCCAAAUGCCAAGCCCACGCCAAAGCCCAAGGAGCCCGAAUGGUCGGCGGAUACAAAUUCGGAGAUUGUCCAUCUCACAUCGCAAGGUUUCGAACCCGCGUUAAAGGACGAGAAGUCUGCUCUGGUUAUGUUCUAUGCCCCCUGGUGCGGACACUGUAAGCGCAUGAAGCCUGAAUAUGAAAAGGCUGCCCUGGAGAUGAAGCAGAAUAAGAUUCCCGGACUCUUGGCUGCACUGGAUGCCACCAAGGAGCCUUCAAUAGCCGAGAAGUACAAAGUUAAGGGCUAUCCUACUGUGAAAUUUUUCUCGAACGGCGUAUUUAAGUUUGAGGUUAAUGUGCGCGAGGCAUCUAAAAUUGUUGAGUUUAUGAAAAAUCCCAAGGAGCCGCCACCGCCACCACCGCCAGAGAAGAGUUGGGAGGAGGAGGAGGACAGCAAAGAAGUGCUUUUCUUGGAUGACGACACGUUCAGCUCGACGCUUAAAAGAAAGAAGCACGUGUUGGUCAUGUUCUAUGCUCCUUGGUGUGGACACUGUAAGCACACCAAGCCUGAGUUCACUGCGGCUGCCACAGCAUUGCAGGAUGAUCCUCGUGUUGCAUUUGUGGCUGUUGACUGUACAAAACAUUCCGUGCUUUGUGGAAAGCAUAAUGUGCGAGGGUAUCCUACCAUAAUAUACUUCUCUUACCUCAAAACCAAACUGGACUACAAUGGCGGACGGACCAGCAAGGACUUUAUUGCCUAUAUGAACAAUCCGCCGAGCGCAGCGGACCGCACAGAACUGUGAUACGCUGCUGCCAAGUGUAAUGAUACUUCUAUUUUGCUAUUUCGCUAUCUUACUUUUUGUAUUAGCCCUAACUGUAUUUUUUUUGUUAAGUAACAGCCUUUAAAUUCAAAUAUUAUAUAGAAUAUAGUUCAUUUUCUUACUGAAUAGAAUACUAAUAAAUAAUGUUAAACCUUA